AUGUCUUCCACCGCAAGCACCCAGAAGAGGCAGAGCAUCCUCUCCUCCUUUGUUGCUCACGCCAAGGCACACCACGAGGGCGUGAACCAGGCAUACUCCGCCUACUACGGCUCGACCUUCACACCCACAGCCUCCACCCCCGCCUCGCUCGAGACAUCGCGCAACAACUCAGUCGUCGCCGGCAUGGUCGGAGCCCCCAAGCCCAAGACCAACGCCAACAAGCUGUGGACCGCCAUCAAGAACCACCACGAUGAGAUGAACGCCGCCUACACCGCCUACUACUCCCCCGGUGCCUCGCGCUGCAACUCUCCCCGCGGCUCCACAUCCUCCACUCCCCGCCACUCCAUCGAGGAGCCCAGGAACGAGCAGGCCGCGCCCAAGCAGCCCACCAACCUCUCCAAGCACUGGAAGCAGCUCAAGACCAAGGUGGUCGAGCACCACCGAGGCGUCAACGCUGCCUACAGGGCUGCAUACGGUGUCGGCUACUAA